AUGGCACUUCGCAAACUGUUGGGAAGCAAACCCGAAACACCAUAUGCCAAACUCCCACCACUACAUGUUGUUGUGUUAAAACUAAAAGAUGCACCAAAAGUUGUGGCAUGGGAUUUUAAAGACACACAUGUCACCCCCACUUGCACCAAACAAAACAAAAUUGCCGUCCUUAGUGAUGGUCAUUCACUUACAAAAAUCACUUUGUAUGAAGCAAUGGCUUCAAAAGUGCAAGAAGGUCACAGCUACUUCAUGCGCGGCUGGACUGUUACAGGGAGCUCUGCUCCAUAUACUUUAGCUGUUGGCACAGCUACACAGUUCUUUAGAGGCUCUGAUAUAUACUGCUCUGAAGACUUACACAACAGAGCUGAAACCUUACUGGACCCGUCUACUCCUUUAGUUGACCUUCGCCACUGCCAACAACAGCAGGGUCUGAUGUCUGUUCAGGGAGAAGUUGCUGAGGUCAGUAGAAUGUUUUACAAUACAGUUUUGUUUUUUUUUCACAUUACAAACAUCACACAUUAUGACAAUAUUUUUACAUUUCCCAAUUCUUAUUCUCUAAAUACAGAACUUUUCUUUUUUAGGUGUCAUCUAUUCGGAAAGUGCAGUCGGGAAGAGAUGCUGUACCUGUGAAGAGCAUUGUUCUGCAGCAGGUAAUCUCUGAUACAUUAUUUUUGUAACAUUUCCAAUCUCACAUGGUAUACAUCAGACAAUCACGUAUUACAUUCACAAAGACACACACUCUUAAUAUAACACAUACUCUUCAAAUAACUAUGUCUGUGCUUACUAAUGCUUUGGUCAUUUAUGACUACUGACAAAACAAUAAUUCAGUUCACACAAGGGUGUCUUUAACCUUUGUUUGUCACUGUACAAUAAUGACCAUGUCAAUUUCACUUAUGAUAAUUACUCCACAAUCUACAUUAUGUAAUUAUACAUAUUCACAGACAGUUCAUAUUACAAUUUCUACAUCCAUUCACAUAUAUUUCAUUUACUUUAACACCAUAUCUCUAAUCUGGGUCUUUUGCUUAUAUAACACAACUACCAAACUGCUUUUGCUGGUGUCACUUGUGCUUUUAUUACAAAUGAUAACAUAUGCUCUUACAUUUUACAGGACAACAUUAAGGUCACAUUGUCACUGUGGAGGGAGGCUGCAAUGCAACCUAUAAAUGUGGGAGAAGUGCUCGAAGUCAGCCAUGUCAAGGGACGCACAACUCAAUAUGGCAUUCAAAUGGGAACAACCAACUUCACCAGAAUUCAGGUACUUACUAGUUGCCUUGUAUUUCACUUCAAUCACCUCCAUGACAUUUAUAUCCUCACUAAUCAUCAUUGAGAUCCUCUAAACCAGUGGUUCCCAACCUUUUCUGUAUCACGGACCACUUUCAUGCAGUACACUUUUUCGAAGGAUCAGGUAGGUGUCUGGAGGUUCCAAUAACAACAACCUUAAUCAGUACAUAGUAUGUACAUACUACAACAAUUGAAUACAACAAUCUGAAUACAACAAUUACAUUUUAUAUUACGCACUUUCAUUACACUUUAACAUCAACUCACCAUAAUGCAGAAUCAACCCUUUCUCUCUCCAGUGAACUCUGUUUCUGCCUCAUUUUUGCAAGGGCUACGUUGUGUUACUAAUGCAAAAAAAUUACAUUCCCAAGACUCAAGCGCAAAAAUUAGGUGAUCCGAACUGGUGCUCUUACAAAAUAAGAUACUAACAUUUACUAACAUACAGUAUUCUAACAUACUGAUUGAUUCACAUACUGGUACUGGUCUGGGGCCCAGUGGUUGGACACCUCUGCUCUAAUCCAUUAUAUACCUUAUCAAACACAUUGAAAUUCUCAUUCAUAUACAACUAACAUAUACAACAUACACACAAUAAUCUCAUUUCAGCCAAGCUCAUGUCAAACUCUCAUAAUCCCACAAAAAAAAACAACUUUGACACCUUAUUACUUCCAUAGUCCUAUUUAUUUGUACUUAAUUCUUUUACUUGUUUCAUGUUCUUAGCCAGUGUACUGUAUGUUAUUAUACUGUUUCUUUCUCCAAUUCAGUACAAGUACUAACAGUUCCUCAGGCCAAUGACACUUUACACUAAACUAUAUUCACACUUUCCAAAUGCCAAACACACAUAAACCUAAUCAUCAUACUCUUUCCCUAUGUUUUCUACACUUCUCCACAGAAACAGCAAACUCUACAACAAUUAACCAUCCUUGGUGUCCUCACAAAAGACGAUGUUCCAUCAUGCAGCACUACUCCUGCUGACACCAUCAUAGAGGUACUGCUGGUCACUGGAAGCACUCUCCAAAUCCCUGAAACUUUGUGGGACCCUGCCUUUGAUGACCUCAUCCUCCAAGCGCCACUUAAUGUUACCGCUAAGGUUGAAGGUAAACUCAUCACCUCUAUCAAACUAAUAUAA